AUGUCUGGAAGAAGAAAACCACCACCACCAGGCUUUAGUUUUAAGCCACCUGAAGAACAAGUUGAUGUCACACCACCAAGGAAUCUUGACAAACAAACAACUAUCACUGUAGAUGAUAAAACAUUUACUGUACAUGCAGAUGACUUAGUAAAGAUAUGUGACCUAGGGCGUGGGGCUUAUGGCAUUGUGGAGAAGAUGCACCAUAAACCUAGCAACACCAUAAUGGCAGUCAAGAGAAUAACAGCAACAUUUAAUACACAGUCACCUGAGCUCAAACGCUUAUUGAUGGAUCUUGAUGUCUCCAUGAGAGCUAGUGCUUGUCCUUACACAGUGCACUUUUAUGGUGCAAUGUUUCGAGAGGGAGAUGUUUGGAUCUGCAUGGAGGUCAUGGAUAUGAGCCUUGACAAAUUUUAUGCAAAAGCUUAUGCAAACAAAAGAACAUUACCAGAAAAUAUUCUUGGUAAAAUUGCAUUUUCUGUUGUGAGUGCUUUGCAUUAUCUUUAUUCAGAACUUAGGGUUAUACAUAGAGAUGUAAAACCCUCAAACAUAUUAAUCAACAGAAAAGGAGAAGUAAAGAUGUGUGACUUUGGAAUUUCCGGCUACCUCGUAGAUUCUGUAGCAAAAACAAUAGAUGCAGGGUGUAAGCCUUACAUGGCACCAGAAAGGAUUGAUCCAAGUGGCAAUCCAGGACAAUAUGAUAUACGUAGUGAUGUUUGGUCACUUGGUAUAUCUAUGAUUGAACUAGCUACUGGUAAAUUUCCUUACAACACUUGGUGUACUCCAUUUGAGCAAUUGAAACAAGUUGUUAAAGAUGAUCCUCCAAAGCUACCAAGUGGAGUAUUUACAUCGGAGUUUGAGGAUUUGGUUACAAAAUGUCUUAAAAAGGACUAUAAACAAAGACCUAAUUAUGAUGCUCUGUUAUCACACCCAUUUUGUCUAGAACAUAGUAAAAAGGAAACAGAUGUAGCUUCCUUUGUUCAGGAAAUUCUUGAUUUACCCAGCCCUGGUGAAGAGUGUUAG